GUUGAAUGUUCAAAUAAUGAGACCUAGUCCAUGUAUUUUCCUUUACCUAUCAUUAACAAAACAAAAAGAUUGUACCUUUUUCUACUUUUGGAGCCAUUUUAGGUAAAAUUGGUUGUUCUUGAUCCCAAUGAAGGUAGUAUGAGUGAAUUUUCUUCCAAAAGAAACAUUGAGUUGGCUCAAUUAGCAAGACUACUCCACUUCCAACCAGUAAGUCAGGAGUUUGAGUCUCCCUAGGGUUUGUGAGGAACUACCAUUGAUACGGGGUGCGGGGUGGGAGUAAUAAAAUAUUGAACUUUCAGAUUGAGAAUAACAAGAGCUAUAAAUGAAAGAAAUGGAAGAGAAUUCAAUACCAACUACCAAAUGUGAGAUUUCAGUCUCAUGGCACUGAUGAUUGCUUCGCAUGAUUUCCAAGCAUGUCCAGCAAUGGCCAUUGUAUCCCUUGUUACUUGUUGCUAUGUCUUACACAAUUGAACAACACAGGCACAGACACCAUGUUGAUAAAUGGGUGAGAUAGAGCACGUGUUUGUGUGGUUGUUCCUUGGCAUUUGUAAGGACAAAUGCAGGAUGCCUUUAAAAUCCUCAUGGAAUUUCAUACCUGAUUAUUAUGACGUAGAGCUCAGAAUUGAAAGUUCCUAUUGUUUCAGAGAAAAAAAUAAAGUUUCUUGGGUAUGUGGCUUGGUGGUUGAGAUGAAGGGAUGUCAUACAAACAAGUAUGAAUAUUGGCUGUGUCGUAGAGGUUGGUCUCGAAGAGAUUCACCAUGUUGUCUGAAUCUCUGAGAUCCCUCAGACAAGGUUGGUUCACCAUGUUGUCUGAAUCUCUGAGAUCCCUCAGACAAGAUAAUUUUAACGGGAACAUUGACGAACCUCUAGAAGAUGGGGACACUGCUCUUCAUCUAACUUGUCUGUAUGGCCAUCUGGCUUGUGUGGAGCUACUGUUAGAGAGGGGAGCUUCUGUGGAGGCUAAGGAUGAAGAUGGAGCACUUCCGUUGCAUGAUGCUUGUGCUGGAGGAUACACGGAAAUAGUCCGUCUGCUAAUAAACGGUGCCCCUGACCCUGAAUGUGUGAAGAGGAUGAUGGAGUCCUUUGAUGAAGAAGGUGAUGCGCCUCUCCAUCAUGCUGCCAGAGGUGAACAUGUAGAUGUUAUCAAAUUAUUGUUAGCUUCUGGUGCUUCUGCUAUGACGAGAAAUUUAUAUGGAAGGAUGCCUUCUGAGCUUGUUGAGCCUGAAAGUGAAGUUUGCAGAAUCUUACAAGAAGCUAUAAAUGCUGAACUUGGCCGUUAGGCCUUCGUACAGAAAAUUGGGGCACUUGGCUUUCACCAAUAUGUUUACCCUGUUUUAUAAGUACCAAGAUUUUGUCGGAACUUCCUCUUUGGAACUUGUGAAGUAUGUAGCAAUAGGUGACAAAAGUGCUCCUGAAAGUUGCAAUACUCCAUAAAAUGAGAUUGCAGGGUGAGAAAUUUUCAUGUUUUGAAGUGGUUGUCAAUGAUUUAUCAACUAGAAUGAUAUAAUAGGCGGUACAUUUCUAA